CUCUCAGUACAUCAGGACAUCCAGAAGUUCCUGAAGUCAAAGAACAGAUCAGAGAAACUCUCUGAGAUCCACUGCUCAGCUCUGGCCUACAUGCUGCAGAUGUCAGACCAGGUCCUGGAGGAGUUUCACCUGAAGGAGUACAAGACAUCAGCGGAGGGACGACGGAGACUGAUCCCAGCUGUGAGGAACUGCAGGAAGGCUCGACUUGCAGGCUAUGGACUCUCUGAUUCUCACUGUGAAGUGAUCUCCUCAGCUCUGAAGUCUGACCCCUCCCAUCUGAAACAUCUGGACCUGAGUUUCAACAAGCUGCAGGAAUCAUCAGUGAAGAUUCUGUGUUCUGGACUGGAGAGUCCAAACUGUAACCUGGAGACUCUGAGGUUGAUUCACUGCAGUUUGUCCGACAUCAGUAUUUCUCCCCUGGCCUCAGCUCUGAAGUCCAACCCCUCCCUCCUGAAACAUCUGAAACUUCUGAACCUGAGUGGGAACCGUCUGCAGGAUUCAGGAGUUGAGCAGCUGUCUGGUUUUCUGGAGAGUCCACUCUGCAGUCUGGAGGAUCUGAGGUUGUUUUACUGCAGUUUGUCAAAGAUCAGCUGCUCUUCUCUGGUCUCAGCUCUGAAGUCCAACCCGUCCCUCCUGAAACAUCUGAAACAUCUGGACCUGAGUGUGAACCAGCUGCAGGAUCCAGAUGUGCAGCAGCUGGUUGAUCUCCAGCAGAGUCCAGACUGCAGCCUGCAGACUCUGAGACUUGCUGACUGUGGACUCUCUGAUUCUCACUGUGAAGUGAUCUCCUCAGCUCUGAAGUCUGACCCCUCCCAUCUGAAACAUCUGGACCUGAGUUUCAACAAGCUGCAGGAUUCAUCAGUGAAGAUUCUGUGUUCUGGACUGGAGAGUCCAAACUGUAACCUGGAG